AUGUCUAUCAGACAAAUCGAAUCAGGGUUGAAGAAGCUUACGGUUAACGAUGAGAACCAGGCACCACAACCAACUGGAUCCAAAACCAAGCUCGCACAUAGCUAUAGUAGAUCGAACCUGGUCAAGACCGCCUUGACAGCCAGCUCAGAGUCACGACAGAACGAGGGCGGUCGUGUUGCAACAAUCACAAAACCUACCCAGAUUCCUGCGCCCCCUUCACCUGUACGGAGAGAAGUCUCUCAGUCCUCAGACGACACCAAUAACCCUUCUGAACGAUCCUGCGGCUCAGCUGCGAGCUCCAUUACCUCGUAUGCUGAUGCUCUUCAACAACCCCAGCAGCCUCAACAAUCAAGUCUUCGAGAUCGAGAAUUGACCUUGAACGACUUCGAGAUUGGGAAGCCGUUGGGCAAGGGCAAGUUCGGCAGAGUCUAUCUCGCACGAGAGAGGUCGACUGGAUUCAUAUGUGCGUUGAAAGUUCUGCACAAGUCAGAACUAGUGCAAGGCAAGGUCGAGAAACAGGUGCGAAGAGAGGUCGAAAUCCAGUCCAAUCUACGCCAUCCCAACGUUCUGCGACUCUUCGGCUACUUCCACGACAAAAAACGAAUCUUCCUCGUUCUCGAAUAUGCUGGACACGGUGAGCUAUACAAGCAUCUCCGAAAGGCAGGAAAAUUUGAAGAAUGGAAAGCAGCUCAAUACAUUGCCCAGAUGGCUGCCGCAUUAAAAUACCUGCACAAGAAACACAUCAUGCACCGGGACAUCAAGCCCGAGAAUAUUCUGGUGGGCAUCCAUGGCGAGAUCAAAAUUAGUGAUUUUGGCUGGAGUGUACAUGCUCCCAACAACCGACGCCAGACCAUGUGCGGUACUCUUGACUAUCUUCCACCGGAGAUGGUCAAACCUGGCGGCAAAGAUAAUUUUUACGAUGAAAAGAUUGACCUCUGGAGUUUGGGAGUCCUAAUGUACGAGUUUCUGGUCGGCGAAGCUCCAUUUGAAGACACUCCUGUCAUGACACAGCGCAGAAUAGCAAGGGGAGAAAUGACAAUACCGAGCUUCGUCUCACCAGAGGCUCGCGACCUGAUCAAGAAACUCCUCGUACUUGAUCCUUCGAAACGUUUACCUCUGACAGAAGUAGAGCAGCAUCCGUGGAUCCUCAAACAUUGUCUGGCGAAGGGAGGCGAGCGUGCGGCACAUCGUUCCUCGUAA